ACGCUCCUUCCCAUCUUUCAACUACAGGCAUCAUGAGCGAUAACGCGGAGUAUAAGGAGGCAUUCGCGCUCUUCGACAAGAAGGGCACAGGUGCAGUGCAGCGAGAAGUGCUGGGAGACCUCCUGCGUGCGCUCGGACAGAAUCCCACGCAAGCAGAAGUGGCGGAGAUCAUCGCGGGAGCACCUAGAGAAGUGGACUACAAGACGUUCCUCGCGAUCUUGAACCGGCCAGACGGCUUCAAGCCAGCAGGCACACCUGAGGAAUUUAUCCGUGGCUUCCAAGUCUUUGACAAGGAGGGCAACGGCUUCAUCGGUGCUGGCGAGCUACGAUACGUGCUCACACAGCUGGGGGAGAAGAUGUCAGAUGAGGAAGUCGAUGAGCUGCUCAAGGGCGUGCCAGUUGGCCCUGACGGCAACGUGAACUACGAGUCGUUCGUGCGCACGAUUCUGAGUCAAUAGUCUAGUUCAAAGCGACGUAUGUUGUGUCGUUCAUCUAUAAUGCGUCUCUUCGCGAACGUUCUGUAUAAGUUACGUACGAUUGAUGUUUCAACUGCACGGGCGAAUGUAUUCUUACUGAUAUAUACCACUAUGCGCGUAACCUGGGCAUUCGAUGGCGGUGCAGGCCCUGUUCAUUGUCACCCAAUGGGUGUGCUCAGGUAUUAGUUGUUCAAGUCAAGGCUUGUAGUUCCUCGU